GAAUUUCAAAUUUGUAAAGUUGGAGGACUAAUUCUAAAUAUUUCAUAUUACAAGGACGUAAGUGAAAAUUAAUGGAAAGAUGUAAUCUGCGCUUUUAUAAACCGGAACAAAUCGGGACAUAAGCAGAGUUUACUCAGUGGUGCUACAAGUUGAGCAUAAAUUAGAUCAUUAUAUAGUAGAAGGCAUGGCUGGUGGAUCCGAGAAGAAAUCAAGUGAAGAUGCUAAUGAUUUGCAAACUUUCAAUGCUGAAAAUUUGCAAAGUAACAUGAAAGUCAUAUAUUACAGCCGGACAUUUUUGUCUAUCAUUGGUGGGGUGAUUGCUGGAAUUUUGGGAUUCACGGGUUUGACUGGAUUUAUUUUUUAUUUCCUUAUCAUGGCAAUCACUUCCAUAGGACUCAUAGCCAAAGCAAAGUUUUCUGUUCAUUCAUACUUUGACUCUUGGAACCGGAUUAUACUUGAUGGCUUUUUUGGUGGGCUUAUGUCGUUCGUGCUAUUCUGGACAUUUGCCUAUGAUAUCGUGCAUAUAUUCUGACAAGGUAUUUGUUACGUGUUGGAUGGAAGGAAAGGCAGUGUUGCUGCUGCUGCUUGUGACCCCCAAGUUUACAUCACACUGAAGCAUGAAUGUAUGUUUAAUGUUUCGUAUCAAUUACAAAACAACUACAAAGAUCACUUUUAUCCUCUUUUAUUUUUUUAAGUUUGGUUCUGCAGACUUGUACUCAUAGGCUUGACUGUAGAUGGGAAUUUCUCAUGCAAUUUUGCAAGGAAGCUGCUUUAUGUAGGUCCAUUUAUACAGGUGUUUUUCUAUUUGUACGUUGAGGAUUGUUCAAUAGAUGUAUGUUUUAAGUUUUAGUUUCUCUCAA